UUUAUUCCCACUUGGCAACCACACGUGUCAGCCAGUCGGCAGCGCGAAGGUGGACGACAGACGGUCUCAUUUGAGGAUUUCCUUGAGUGUGUUGUUUUCGUUGCACCUCCAUGAUGCGUUCGCACCUGCUUUUAGUCUUGCUGGCAUGCUUGGCGGCGGCGGUUUCGUGCAAUAAGUACUCGAAGGAAGCGAACGAGAAGGUGCAGUUCGAACGGGAUCCCUUCAGGAUGGCCAAGCUGAACUUGCUGUGGGAGAAGGCGCUCAAGAGAUUAUCGGAGCCGAAGCUGAAGUCAUUGAUGUCUGAGCUGAAGUUGCAGGACAAAGAGGAAAUGACCUUAAAGAAGCUCAAGACCGAAGGAGGGGACAAGGAAGGCCUGAAGGAGUCCGAGCUCCGCAAGAAGCUGAGAGCAAUAAUGAUCAGGUAUAACCUGGGUGAGGACAUGGGAGAUUUCAGGCCAGUUGGGACCAAGGAGGCCUACCUGAACGAGGUCACAGACCAGAAGAUCCUCAAGGCAGUGUUUAAGGACAAGAAAUUGAACAAAUUGUGGCAGAAAGCAGAGGCCUCUGGAUUCACUGACAAUUUGGAGAAUGAUGUUAAAAAAUUUGACACCCUUCAGGACCUAGAAGGGCCUGCUAAGUCAGUGAAGGAUCCCACAAACUCCAUUAGGGAGAAGCAUCGUGAACUGAAGGACAACUUUGAUAGGUUGCACAAGGUGGCAUCAACAGGUCCUGACAGCAAAGAGUUUAUUGAGCCGAAAGUUGCAGGACUGUGGAAACUUGCUGUGCGCGGAGAUUUUACUCAAGAGGAGCUGGAAUCACUGCAUACGGAGCUCAAACACUAUGAACAUCGACUUCUCAAAGUACGACAUAUGACAGGUCAAUUAGAAGUCCUGCAGUCACGGUCUGGGGCAGAAAUUAAGGAGUCGGAAAAGCAGCUGCAUUCCACAGAAGGUCAGCGCUUGUUGCAAGAACGUUUGAGUAAGCAGCAGCGCAAGGUUGAAAAGCUCCAUGAGGAUCUGGAAAUGAGAAUCUUUCAAAGACAUCUAGAGUUAUGAUGUAUCCUCUGCUUGUUUGCUGAAAUUAUGAAUAAUUUGUUUAAAUAAGAAAAUUGUGUAAACAGAAA